AAAAAAUCUAUUGUGCUUACACAAACAUCAAAGACUGCGCUUCAGUUGAAUCUAAGAGGAUGAAAUUUCGUUGUCUCUGUAUAUUUAUAAUUCUCUUUCUAUUUCUUGGUGUUUCCAACAGCUUUAAACAAUUUUCCUUAUUUUCCCGUGUUCCAGAAAAUGAUAACAAGCGUCCAGCUGUCACUGUUUCGGAUGAGAUAGACGGAAUACAGAGUUUGUCCUCUUGCAUUUCGUAUGGCAAAUUGGAUUAUACUGAAAUUUUCUUCAACAAAUUGACAAAUAAAUGUGUAAUUUCAAAGUCAGAGGGGCUCUCACAAAUGAUUGUUUCGUCAGGAUAUAUACAUAUGUCAACUACGGCAGAAAGUUCGACUGAUUGGAGAAUGCAUGGGAAAUCCCAAUACUGGCCGGUUUACUCAGGUAAAACAUGGAUCAAUGCGCAGAAAGAAUGUUUGAAAUACGGUUCAAAGCUCACAGAGAUUGAAACAGUCGAGGAAUAUGAUUUUGUGAAGAGCAUUGCUGAAGAAAUAGACGCAGCGAAUAUCCACAUUGGUGGCACAGAUGCAUUUGAAGAAGGAAAUAUGGUAUGGUGGUCAAGUUUGCUGUCUGAAAACCUUGGUCCUGGUUUGUGGACACGGAAUCAACCCGACAACUACGAUAAUAAUGAACAUUGUCUGAAUCUUCAAAGAACAUCAGACUAUAAACUAAACGAUAGUAACUGUCAAUCUGUGUUUCCCUUCAUAUGUGAACGCAGUGUUUGAAAACUAUAUCAAUAAGGAAACGAA